AACAGAUACCUACAGAUACCCGAUGAAACAGAUGCUAUAAUCGAGGGUACAUAAAAGUUAAAACCUCAUAAUUUAUAAAACCUCCCCGCAACUGCUGGUUACACACAUAUCUUUGCUGGCCAAAGAUCCAACGCCAUCGCUCUUUGGGGACACCUUACCGCUCGAGUGAUCGCUUCCCCUAGACAUUGCUACAUCCUCGCCCUCACUCGCCGCUUCCAAACAAUCAGCAACACCCAUACCAUUAUGCGCUAUUCUCAUAUGUACCUAGUGGUCCUCCUUGGAUUAUUCUCCGUUACGCACACAAUGCCCGUUCCUUUUGCCUAUGAUACCGGGACGAGUCAUAUACAGGCAACCCCAGCUUCCGGUGGAUCGGUGUCGGAUAUCGUAAAAAGCAUGAUGAAGGAUUCUCCGGAUUCAGAUUUCAAGGUCUCCUUCUACCAGCCACGAGACUUGAUAACCAGGCGUGGAGUGGGUUCACCUAAGCAGAUACAAGCCAUGAAACAACAGGCUGCUACGACGGUGCAUGCAGCGGUCAAGGAGUAUUUGGAACAGCAAUUUGGUACUGCCAAGAUCACUUUCCAGGACGGGGAAGCUCGCGCAUAUCCCUACGCUUUUGCAGACUUCCCGCUCGCAUUCUAUGCAACAUUAUUGUCAAAGGACCGUUCGUUGCAGUUUAGUGGGAAGUUGUGGAAAUCGGGGGGGAAGCAUGUUGGGAAGCUUUACCCCUUCUCGAGCAGGUUCAACUUACGAGGUAGCUAAACAUAUGUACUGCUUCAAUGUGUGAGCUACUAGAGUAUGCCAGUCAACACAACUCCGCUCAGACUGCGCAGCUGGCCAA